CAGGCGGCUCCUCGCCGCGCACCAGUGGGCCGGGCCGCGCACUCGCACCGCCGUCCCUCGCGUCCGCAGGCGCCGCUCUCAGCCUCUCCCGCCGCCGUCGGAGCCGGAGCCGGAGCCGCCAUGCAGCCCGCGCGCGCCCCGCUGCUCCCGCCGCUGCUGCUGCUGCUGCUCGCGGCGCCUGUCUGGGCGCAGCUGCCCCGGGCCGCCCGCUCGCCGGCCGCCCCCGCCGGGUGCCCCGAGCGCUGCGACCCCGCGCGCUGCCCGCGGCUGCCGGGACCCUGCGAGGCCGGCCGCGUCCGCGACGCCUGCGGCUGCUGCGAGGUGUGCGGCGCGCCCGAGGGCGCCGAGUGCGGCCCGCAGGAGGGCCCGUGCGGCGAGGGGCUGCAGUGCGUGGUGCCCUUCGGGGUGCCCGCCUCGGCCACGGUGCGGCGGCGCGCGCAGCCCGGCCUCUGCGUGUGCGCCAGCGCCGAGCCCGUGUGCGGCAGCGACGCCAACACCUACGCCAACCUGUGCCGCCUGCGCGCUGCCAGCCGCCGCGCCGAGAGCCUGCAGCGGCCGCCGGUCAUCGUCCUGCAGCGCGGCGCCUGCGGCCCAGGGCAGGAAGACCCCAACAGUUUGCGCCAUAAAUACAACUUCAUCGCCGACGUGGUGGAGAAGAUCGCCCCCGCCGUCGUCCACAUCGAGCUGUUCCGCAAGCUCCCCUUUUCUAAGAGGGAGGUGCCGGUGGCCAGCGGCUCCGGGUUCAUCGUGUCCGAGGACGGGCUGAUCGUGACCAACGCCCACGUGGUGACCAACAAGCACCGGGUCAAGGUGGAGCUGAAGGACGGCGCCACCUACGAGGCCAAGAUCAAGGACGUGGACGAGAAGGCGGACAUCGCGCUCAUCAAGGUCGACCACGAGGGGAAGCUGCCGGUGCUGCUGCUGGGCCGCUCCUCGGAGCUGCGGCCGGGCGAGUUCGUGGUCGCCAUCGGGAGCCCGUUCUCCCUGCAGAACACGGUCACCACCGGCAUCGUCAGCACCACGCAGCGCGGCGGCAAGGAGCUGGGGCUGCGCAACUCGGACAUGGACUACAUCCAGACGGACGCCAUCAUCAACUACGGGAACUCGGGCGGCCCCCUGGUGAACCUGGACGGCGAAGUGAUCGGCAUCAACACCCUGAAGGUGACGGCCGGCAUCGCCUUUGCGAUCCCAUCGGACAAGAUUAAAAAGUUCCUCACGGAGUCCCACGACCGACAGGCCAAAGGCAAAGCCGUCACCAAAAAGAAGUACAUUGGCAUCCGGAUGCUCUCGCUCACGUCCAGCAGCAAGGCCAAGGAGCUGAGGGACCACCACCGAGACUUCCCGGACGUGCUCUCGGGGGCGUACAUCAUCGAAGUCAUUCCUGACACGCCAGCGGAAGCCGGCGGCCUCAAGGAGCAGGACGUCAUCAUCAGCAUCAACGGGCAGCCCGUGGCCUCCGCCAGCGACGUCAGCGACGUCAUCCGCAAGGAGAGCACCCUCAACAUGGUCGUCCGCAGGGGCAACGAGGACGUCAUGCUCACCGUGGUCCCCGAGGAGAUCGACCCGUAGCCGGCGGGAGCGGGAGCGGCGCGUGCUCCUCACAGACCCUCCGCGCCCGACGCGGUGCCGGGCCGGGCCGGGGCCACCCUGCUGCUGGCUCGGCCGGGACGCGGGCGGCCCACGCCUCCUGGGUGUUCGCAGGCCACGCCGAUGCCCGCGUGGGACCCGCCUCCCGCCCGCGUGCACGCCGCGCCCUUCCUCUUGCCGCUUGGGCCGUGCCUGCUUCGAGCGUCACCGGGGUCGCCUCUCUACCUGCUCAGCGUCCUGGUGCCAGGAAGGCCGUCGAUGGUCCGCGUGGAUGAGAGGGCGGCCCGGGAGCCGCACGUGCGUGCUGUCCUCCAUGUCAGCACCCGGAGGAGGCGCGGCGGGACCGCGGGCGGGUGGCCGUGGCUUCAGGACCGCGGGACCAGGCGAGUGACCGACGCAGCUAUUAAAGUUCUUCUUCAUGCUCUG